AUGGCGGCGGCCGCGGCCGGUCUGAGCGGCAGCGCGGGACCCGGUCCCGAGGCCGGGGACUUCCUGGCCCGGUACCGGAUGGUGUCGAACAAGCUGAAGAAGCGGUUCCUGCGGAAGCCGAACGUGGCGGAGGCUAGCGAGCAGUUCGGGCAGCUGGGCCGCGAGCUGCGCGCCCAGGAAUGCCUGCCAUACGCGGCCUGGUGCCAGCUGGCGGUGGCGCGCUGCCAGCAGGCGCUUUUCCACGGGCCCGGGGAGGCGCUGGCCCUUACCGAGGCCGCGCGCCUCUUCCUACGGCAGGAGCGCGACGCGCGCCAGCGCCUGGUGUGCCCCGCCGCCCACGGGGAGCCGCUGCAGGCCGCUGCCAGCGCCCUGGGCGCCGCCGUGCGCCUGCACCUCGAGCUGGGCCACCCGGCCGCCGCCGCUGCCCUCUGCCUCGAGCUGGCCGCCGCCCUGCGCGACUUGGGUCAUCCGGCCGCCGCUGCCGGCCACUUCCAGCGCGCCGCCCAGCUCCAGCUGCCCCAGCUGCCCCUGGCCGCGCUGCAGGCGCUCGGCGAGUCCGCCUCCUGCCAGCUGCUGGCGCGCGACUACAACAGCGCCUUGGCGGUCUUCACGCGCAUGCAGCACCUGGCACGGGAUCACGGCGGCCAUCCCGUGCACCCGCCGCCGCCACCGCUGCCGCCGCCACCGGGGCCCCAGCCUGGACCCGGCGCGAUACCCGCCUUGCCGGCCGCGCUGCUUCCUCCCAACGACGGCUCUAAGGCUCCUUCUCCCGCAGCCCUGGGCGCCUUCUCAGACGUCCUGGUCCGCUGCGAGGUGUCUCGCGUGCUACUGCUGCUGCUCCUGCAACCACCGCCCGCCAAGCUGCUGCCGGAGCAUGCCCAGACCCUGGAGAAGUACUCCUGGGAGGCUUUUGACAGCCACGGGCAGGAAAGCAGUGGGCAGCUUCCCGAGGAGCUCUUUCUACUGCUCCAGUCCCUGGUCAUGGCUACCCACGAAAAGGACACGGAAGCCAUCAAGUCGCUGCAGGUGGACAUGUGGCCACUGUUGACUGCUGAGCAGAACCACCUCCUUCACCUCGUUCUGCAAGAAGCCAUCUCCCCCUCGGGACAGGGGAUCUGAUGAUAAAUCACAGUAACCAAAUGACUUCGUGCCUGCUAUCAAACCUCACACAUCCACCUUUGCAUUUCGGGAGAAAGAAGAUACAUUGUUUCUGGUUCUACGUUUUAUGUUACCCCUGUUGCCACCGUAGGAAUGUAGUUGACUGAAAGUUACCUGUAUCCCAAACGCUUAUUUCCAUAAUAGUGGGAGAAAAACAUUUCGAUACAAUCAGAGUAGAGGACAGGGUUCUGUUCCAAAAAACUGCAACGUAAAAAUGAGAAUCCCUUUAAUCUCCUUCCUCCUCUUCUCCCACCCA